UAGAGACAAUAACAUCUAUAUUUCCAGUUCAAGGGCAUUCAAUGAAGCAACCUACUUUCCUCAAACAUACAACACCAAAUUCCUCUCACUAAAUACAUUUCCACAUGAAGAAUAGUAGCUGCCUCCUCCCACUCCUCCUCCUCUUCCUCCCCAUCAUCGUCGUUAGAGCCGCAGUUAUUGUCGGCGGAGGGAUUACCGUGGGCGGGGGAGGAGUCUGGAUUGGAGGCGGAGUCAGCCCUCCCACCUCCGCCUCAAAGCUGACCAUCGCCUACGCCGCUCUCCAGGUCUGGAAAGCCGCAAUAACAGACGACCCCCUCAAGAUCACAACCUCAUGGAACGGCCCCAAUGUCUGCUCCUACAGAGGCGUCUUCUGCUCCGAUUCCGUCAAUUUCAUGGGAAAUCCAGCGGGCGUAGUGGUGGCGGCGAUAGAUCUCAACCACGCCAAUUUGCAGGGCACUUUGGUUAAAGAGCUUUCUCUCCUCGCCGAUCUCUCCCUCCUCCACCUCAACAGCAACCGCUUCAGCGGCGGCGUGCCACCCUCGUUCAGAAACCUGGCGUCGCUCACCGAAUUAGACCUCAGCAACAACCGCUUCUCCGGCGGAUUCCCCACCGCCGUUCUCUACAUUCCAGAUCUCGUCUAUUUAGACCUCCGAUUCAACAGCUUCUACGGUCCAAUUCCGGAGGAGCUAUUCGAUAAGAAACUCGACGCCAUCUUCCUCAACAACAACCUCUUCUCCGGCGAGCUGCCUCAAAAUCUAGGGAAUUCUCCGGCAUCUGUGAUAAACCUGGCCUACAACAAGCUGAGCGGCGCGAUCCCGUUCAGCUUGGGGUACAUGGGGAUCAAGGAGAUCCUGUUCCUCAACAACCAGCUCACCGGUUGCAUUCCCCAAGGCGUGGGGAUGUGGUCGGACCUUCAGGUUUUGGAUGUGAGCUCCAAUUCACUCAUCGGGCAUUUGCCGGACUCUCUGUCUUGCCUCCGUAACAUCGAGGUUCUCAAUUUGGCGCGCAACCAGCUCUCCGGUGAACUGCCGGAUUUGCUCUGCUCGCUGCGGAGUUUGAUUAAUUUGACGGCUGCGGCUAAUUUUUUCUCCGGCUUCAGCCAGGAUUGUGACAGGAAUGCUGGAUUCGGGUUCGAUUUCACGUUCAACUGCAUUCCGGGGAGGGAGCUGCAGCGGCCGCAGCCGGAUUGCACGGCGAUUCCCGGCGGCGGUCUCAGCUGUCUUAGAAUUCCUGCGGCGAGGCCUCUUGUAUGCGGGGUUUUGGCGGGGGCUGAGUUCACUGCGAAUCCGCCCCCGUGAGGGAGGGGGAUUAUUAGGGUUGCUGUAGUGGCUCUGCUCUUUCAUGAGAAAAUCGCAUUUCUAGGCCAGUUGGCCUCAGAAAUAACGGAAAUAUACCCGUUUUGUUAUCUAUUCCAUAUAUGGGAAAAACGUCAACCACAUUGGCGUUUCUAUAAGUAAAAACGCCAACAACAAUGUCGAGUUUUAAUUUAAAACGCCAACUACGUUGGCGUCUUUUAAUUGCAACGUAUUUUAGUCGUAUUUUUUAUAAAUACAGUAUUGAGUAUAAAACGCCAUUCGCAUUGGCGUGUAUAAUAUAAAACGACUUUUUCGUUGGCGUGUUUAUUCAAGUAGAAACGCCGGGUAGAAUGUCGUUUUGAUAAAAUACGCCAACGUGGUCGGCGUGUUUCAAAGAAGACGCCACUGUCAUUGGCGGCUUUAUACAGAUCUGAUAUAUCCCCUUCUCCUCCCCCAAAUCGCGAAAAACUCAGCCCACACACUCUUAUCCAAGGUAGACUGCUCCACGCGAAUUCGCCCUCCAUCCAUCUAUCGGUGCUAUUUUCCCCCAAAUUUGUAUAUUAUUUUCGAUUAGUAUGCUUAUCUUUUACAUUAUUUGAGUAAUUGUUGGAUAGUUAGCUAGGGUUUGUAAUUGGUUGUGAAUUGAGCUGAAAUAUUGUGCAGAAUUAUUAUUGUGUAGAAUUAUUAUUGUGUAGAAUUAUUAUUUAGCA